CCGAAAAUCCACUCUUUCCCAGAGGCGCUCUGAAAUGCGAAUACGUUAAGAGCUCAUGUGCGAAAAUGGCUGUCAUUUCAGUAGGCAACAAGUGGCCGCCAUCUCCAUCACGGAGCGCGUCUGCUCGGCGUUCUCUGUCGCCGCCUCGUGCAUCAUCAUUGUAACGUUCCUUGGGUCCAGGAACUUCCGGAGGCCCAUUAAUCGUCUCGUGUUCUAUGCGACUUUCGGGAAUGUUAUGGCCAAUGUUGGCACGCUGAUUUCUGAAUCGGGUAUUGAUCAUGGUGCAAAUAGUGCGUUAUGUCAGUUCCAGGCGUUUAUGAUUCAGUGGUUCGUACCCGCUGAUUCGUUAUGGGCUUUUGUCAUGGCCUGCAACGUAUAUCUGGCCAUGUUCCAUCGUUACAGAACCGAUCAUCUGCGGCCGUUGGAGUGGAAGUACUUUCUCUUCUGCUACGGUCUGCCAUUUGUUCCGGCUCUUGUGCUUUUGUUUAUCGGGAGCAAAUCCCAUGGCAGAAUAUAUGGUCCUGCAGUCCAAUGGUGCUGGAUAUCACUGAAGUGGGAUUAUCUGCAAAUAGCCCUGUUCUACGGACCAGUUUGGCUUAUUAUCGGGUUGACUUUUUGCAUAUAUGCUCGUGUGGGUAUUUACAUCUUCAAGCAGCGCAGACGACUCCACAAGUACAUCGACACGGACACAACCAUUGAUAGCGAAAUGCCGGUCUUCGUGGAGGCAGAUGCAAAUGCCUCAGACGGAGGACAUCCGUCAACCCAAAACCAGGAUCCAAACAGCGACCAGGUCCAUCCUCCUCUUAACAUCCCAAAUACGCCUGGUGAUGCGCAGGGCCUAGGCAUCUCAGGCUCGUCUCCCGAGGCGGUAGCAGUUCAAGCUUAUUGUAAAUACGCGGUGCUCUUCUUUCUAGCACUUCUCAUUACCUGGGUGCCAUCGUCAGCCAACAGAGUCUACGCAUUAUCCAUGUCAAACCAGUAUCUCUUCGGUCUAACAUAUGCCUCCAGCUUCGUCCUACCGCUCCAGGGAUUCUGGAAUACUGUCAUCUACAUCACAGUCUCCUGGCGUGUUUUCAAAAUGGUCCCGUCUCAAAUAUCGCGGCUGGAGACCCGUUCCCUUCCUACGCUUUUUGCUGGCAGGUUGCGCAGGAGGGCUUGGAACACGCCGUUUUUAAAUAUUGUAAAGGAGAAAUUGGGAUAUACAUAGUUUUGAAUUGAAUACUACAGAUAUGAAUCAUAAG